UGAUGGUACGUACAGUCAAUGGUUGGAGUUUCGUGACAUGUAUGAAUCUAUGAUUCAUAAUGAUAGUAGCUUAUCCGAUAUUACGAAGUUCCAUUACCUACGAUCUUACUUAGAAGGCAGUGCUUUACUAGUUAUUAAAUCGAUCGAAUUUAGUGCUUCGAAUUAUCAAAUCGCAUGGGAGCUUGUGUGUGACAGCUCGGACCAAAAUGACUUAUUGCCACUCACACCUGGCCACUUCAUCAUCGGGCGAAGUAUGACGGCGAUCCCAGAAGAAGACCUUACUUCACGCACCAGAUUAGUGGACAGAUACCAGAAGAUUCAACAGCUUCGCCAGCACUUCUGGGCACGUUGGCAACUAGAAUAUAUAAGUGAGCUUCAGAUCCGAACUAAAUGGAGGCAGUCGACGAACGGGCAACUAGAGAUCGGGACCCUCGUCGUUAUCAAAGAUAAGCAACAACCUCCAAUAAAAUGGCUCCUAGGGAGAAUACAACGAGUCUUCCCAGGGCGCGACGGCGUUACCAGAGUCGCAGAGAUUCAAACUGCCACUGGAUUGCUGCGCAGAGACUUUACCAAGAUCUGCCCCUUACCCGUGGACACUACAGUUGAAGACGACACUUCAAGGUCCGCCGGCAUGUCGCGUACCACUCCAACAGGGCGACCGCGGGGUGAGGUGACAGCGGGGAGCAGCCAUCUUCGGGAUGGACUUACUUACUAGCCACCGCGGCCAUGACUCGGCUCUUUACAUUUUUGUAU